AUGAGCAGCACCUCUUCUCAAAAAUGUGCAGUUUGUGGACGUCUAACCAGUUUAUUUAACUAUGGGGCUCAUUCAUGCAGUGCGUGUGGAUCGUUUUUCCAAAGGUCCCUGACAACUCCAAAAUAUUUUGAAGAUUGUGAAAACAAUGAAUGUUGCUUCCAAGACUUCCAAAGAGCUAUUCAUACCGAUUUCACAAAUGUGUUGAAGUGGAAACUCGAUUUUACAAAGUUUCUAUCAUCUCAAGAUUUGAAGUCGUUCCUCAAAACCGUUCAUUUCACCCACGCAAUACUAUCAUCUGCUUGGAGAUCGUAUCCUCUGAAACAAGAAUUCAUGUCAUUCCCAGACGGUCUUGAUAUCUUUCCGGAAUGUGUCAAAGACGUGUCAUGUAUCAGUUCUAACCUAUUGAAUAAAAUCCGGUGUCUGUUGAUCAACCGGUUUAAAGAAUUGAAAAUCACACAAGAAGAAUACUUGUUGCUCAGUGCGAUUGUGUUUUCGAAUCCUGGUAUGACUUAG